AUGGCUACAAGAGAGGAACUUUAUUUACCAGACGACUGUUGGGAAUCUAUAUUGAAGAUAUUCCUUAACGACUGUGACAACAACCGCUGUUUUUUACCAUCUCUCUCCGUCGUCUCGAAACAGUUUCUCUCUGUAACAGACAGUUGUAAAUUAUCUCUCACAAUCUCUGACCAAACCCUCCCUUUACUUCCUCGACUCUUCCAAAGAUUCACCAAACUCACUUCCCUCGACCUCACGGGCAUCACAGGUGACCAAGACGCGCUUCUCACUCAAAUCUCUUGUUUCCCCUUACAAGUCAAAUCACUUAGUGUCUCUAGUAAUGACCAGUGGACCAUUCCCGCAAACGGCUUGCGAAUUUUCUCCCAAAAGAUUACAACUUUGACCUCUCUUGUUUGUUCCAACAUUUUUUUAAUCAGUAAGUCUGACCUUUAUCUCGUUGCUGACAGUUUUCCUUUACUUGAAGAACUUGAACUAGCUAUAAAAGUUGAUUCCUAUGAUGAUUCUGAGAUGUGUGGUAUUACAUUAGCACUCCCUAAGCUCCGCAAGGUUAAUCUCUCUGGUAGUUAUCAUAUUUACGACUCAUCGCUUUUACAUCUUUGCAAAAACUGUGAGUUUCUUGAGGAGGUUGUGAUGUUUGAUUGCAAAAACUUAACUGCUAUCGGCAUUGCUUCUGCUAUCCGCGAGAGACCAAAUUUGAGAUCUUUCUACUUUACUUUAUCAGAAGCAAUGAACAUUGGUAUGGAAAUGAAUGAUUCUCUACGGAGUAUGAAGCGUCUGAGUUGUCUUGAUUUGUCGUUUUCGUGUAUCUCAGAUCAAUUACUCUUAUCUCUGGGAAACAAAGGUGUAUAUUUGAGAAGACUUGUGCUAAGACAUUGUACCGGCUAUAGUUAUCUGCUUGAUGUGAAUAAAUGUCAUUGCAUAUCUGAUGAAGGUAUUGUUGAAGUUUUAAGAAGUUGUAAAAUUGUGCAUUUAAAUUUAAGUUCUUGUGAAAACGUGAACCUACAUGCCAUGAACUUCCAAGUUCCUAUGUUGGAGGUGUUGAACUUGUCAUAUACAAGAACUGAUGAUAAAACACUCGAUGCGAUCUCAAAGAGUUGCUCAGGGUUACUACAUUUGGAUUUGGAAGAGUGUAUUAAUGUCUCAGAUAUGGGAGUGAAGCAAGUGAUAGAAAACUGCACACGACUGAAAGAGAUAAAUUUGCGUUAUUGUGGCAACAUGGCUGCUGAUGUUGAUAUAUGGUUAGCGAUGGUAUUGUCAAGGCCGUCAUUGCGAAAGAUUAAAGCUCCCUCUCAUUUUUAUCCUCAGAUCUACACCAAGUGGAAACCCUUAUUGGAUCAUGGAUGCUUUCUUUGUCCCUAA